UCAGAAAUUCCCCAAUUCACCUGUUCACCAAAAUCAAAUCAAGUUUCUGCCAAAACCAAGAUCAGCAAAGCAAUUCAUUUCAUCUUGCAAAAUCUCCCAUUCGAUCGAUUUUUAUUAAAAUUAGGAAUCUAUAUAUCAUACGGUGAUGGUGAAGCUAGUUUCCGCCAGAGAUUUCCGGGCAUACGGUCCCCGGCGGUCUCGGAGCCGAGCGGAGUACAUAAACGCCGGCCUCUACUUGUUCGCCACCGUCGUUUUACUCGGCGGAUUCGUUGCCCAGCUUUCGCGAGAGGCCAAAUCCGGUUUGGCCCUAAUUUUGCUCGCCUCCGCCCUCAUUGCCAUCGUUAAUUUCCACGAUCUCUUCGCACAUCUCGCCGGAAUCGAUUACCGGUUGCCGCUCUUGGUGCAGUACGAUCCCCAGCUUGCGCUUGUUGAAUUUGCGGUUCCCAUUGUUCAGGCGAUUGGGGCCUUGCUCUUCUUGUUGGCUGCUCUGUUUCUUCUAAUUCAGGAACACAAUGGAUAUGCUUAUUACAAACUAGAAAAGUGUGCUUGCGAUAUGCUUAUUGCCGGUCCCGCCUUAUGGAUGCUUGGAUCAAUCCACAACUCCUGCCAAAUCUACGAGAGGGCCGACGGGCAUGUUCAAAUCUUGCAACAGAGUGUCCAUAUUCCAUUUUUAAUAGGAAGCUUGCUGUUCUUCGUUGCUGCAGUUCUGAAUAGCUACGAGCAGGCUGGGUUAGCCCAUCAUGGACUUAGGCUUCUGGGCAGAAACUGGGUUUGGUUAGGCAUUUUCGGGAGCUUAUCGCUCAUAUUAGGCGGAUGGGCAAACGUACUUAAAGUGUUCAAGAUGCAGCAGCUCGACGGACUGCGACUCGAAAAGCUUCGAGGAGGGGCAUACGAGCGGCUUCUUGGAGAAAGAGAAGGCCAGGUUCCGCUAAUUCUAGAGGAGCAAAGGAGGAGAAAACGGCAGGCCGAUGAAGAAAAAGGCAGGCAAGUCAUGGGACCAACCCCUUAUAAAGAUGUUCUUGUAGGUCAAUCCUCCCUUCCACAGCUUCUCCAAUUCCUUGCUUUUUCGGAGGUUUAUCUUUUUCAAUCUCAGCUUACUCUUAUUACUUGGAAAAUGGCUUCGGUCUCUAGUCAGCCACAGUUCCGUUAUACCCAACCUCCGUCAAAGGUUCUCCAUUUGAGGAAUCUACCGUGGGAAUGCACUGAAGAGGAACUGAUUGAACUAGGGAAGCCAUUUGGAAAAGUUGUGAACACCAAAUGUAAUGUUGGAGCAAACAGAAAUCAAGCUUUUAUCGAGUUUGCAGACAUAAAUCAAGCUAUUGCAAUGAUAUCAUAUUAUGCAUCAUCCUCAGAGCCUGCUCAAGUUAGAGGGAAAACAGUUUAUCUGCAAUAUUCCAACAGGCAAGAGAUUGUAAACAACAAAACUACAGCUGAUGUUCCUGGAAAUGUGCUUUUGGUAACAAUUGAGGGUUCUGAUGCACGCCUGGUCAGCAUUGAUGUUCUACACUUGGUCUUUUCAGCCUUUGGGUUUGUGCAUAAAAUUACUACCUUUGAGAAAACAGCUGGAUUUCAGGCAUUGGUGCAAUUUUCGGAUGCUGAGACUGCCUCGUCUGCUAAGAAUGCCUUGGAUGGGAGAAGCAUCCCUAGAUAUUUGCUUCCUGAUAAUGUUGGACCAUGUUCCCUUAGAAUCACAUACUCUGCCCACACUGAUUUGACAGUGAAAUUUCAGAGCCAUCGGAGCAGGGACUACACUAAUCCUUAUCUUCCUGUUGCUCCAUCGGCCAUAGAUGGAAGUGGUCAGUUCACCGUGGGAUUGGAUGGAAAAAAGCUUGAACCAGAGAGUAAUGUUCUUCUUGCUUCCAUUGAGAAUAUGCAGUAUGCAGUCACCUUGGAUGUUUUGCACAUGGUCUUUUCUGCAUUUGGACCUGUCCAAAAGAUUGCUAUGUUUGAUAAGAAUGGGGGAGUGCAGGCCUUGAUUCAGUAUCCAGAUGUUCAGACUGCGGUAGUUGCCAAGGAAGCCCUGGAGGGGCACUGUAUUUAUGAUGGAGGGUUUUGCAAGCUUCACAUCUCAUAUUCACGCCACACUGAUUUGAGUAUUAAGGUGAAUAAUGACCGAAGUCGAGACUAUACAAUCCCCAAUACUCCUCCCAUGGUGAAUUCUCAACCACCUAUCGUGGGGCAGCAACCAGGUCAAAUGAUGGGUCCUUCUGCCCAUCAAUACAACGGAAACCAGUAUGGUCCAUCCGCAGAGCAGCCUGGGGUGCAGCCUCAGCCUUCUUCAGGAUGGGGAUCGGGUGGUCCUGCUGCACCUUACUCCAUGCCCAUGCACAAUCCCGGUUACAUGCCAACACCACCACACACCUAUCGCCCCGAUCACAGGCAAUAGCACAUAUGAUCUUAUGUUUAAUAGCUGAAUGUCCAUUCAAGAAAACCAAGUUUCUUCAAAUACUAAAGCAAGCAAUUUGGCCGAGAAAAAUGUGCAUUAAAUUCAACCGUUACGUGAACUCUCACUGUCCAGAACUAAUUAGGUCAGUUUUUAUUCUUUUCCCUUUUAUUUUAAGGGAUUUGAAUGAAUGUAAGAUCCCGAGGGCAAAAAAACCGUGCCCACCCCUCUUUAAAGCUGAGUGACUUGCAAAACUCGGUUGUCGUUAUUGACGAUUGUCUUCAGAUACUUGAAUACUGUUUUAUCAGUCUCUUCCUUUGCUCAUUCUAAUUAUUUCUAUAAUUAUCCCUGCCCCUCCCACGUUCUAUACUGUUCAACUGUGGCUAUAUUGUCGAAAACCCGAGUCUGAGGAGCAAUUGGGCACUGUUUAGUUUACUUGCCCAUGAGCUGAUGAAAAGUUGUAUGUGGAAGGACAUUUUAUAUUA